AGCGCGUAUUCCAUACUGAAGUUCUGUUUAACUUGACGUUCUCAGGUAUGAAAUUGUCAGCACGGUUAAAACGUAAAGUCAGCAUACGCAGCGUGACUGCCCCCGUAGAGUCAGCAGAAAAGUUAUAAAUAUGUUACAAAAACAAAAGAACGGUGAUUACCAAAACAAACGUGAGUGAGUGUACUGAGUGUGUGACUACUAAAAUGCAACACAAUGGAAAUGAGAAGAUUUCUUUACUUUGUUGUGAUUAGUUGUGUUAUUCAUCCACCUCUUUCAGCUGCUAAGACAGUAUCUCUAAACGAGCUCAUAGCGGCGGAAGAGCGACGGUCGAAGCCUCCCGGACACCGAGGUAUCCACGACGUUUCGACUGAACAAAGUCUUACAAAUAGGGAUUUAUUACGCAAGACGUCCAAAAAUACAGAAACGUUCGCUGACCGCAUUUUCCCUCACAAAGCUUACACUCUCCCUACACUCUCGCAUCUGAAACGUAAGCUGAAUAAGCAAUUUAAGGAGGCAACAGAAACAUUAAAACUGAACAUCAAGAAGCCGAAGAACUUGAACAAAAAGUUUCAAAUCGACCUGCCGUUGAAACCGAAGUUUAUAUUUCCGAAAUCACCACUUCAGCUAAAUAGGCAGUCUCUGAAACGAGAAACUCUCAAUCAUGGCAAGUUCAAUGAGAAGUAUGCGCCCCUCUUUCAAGAUAUUGGCUCUUUGUUCGAUGAUCUGCUGGGCGUCCACGAACGCGAAUACAUCGAGCGCGAGACGAAGUCCCGACAAAUCCAUCGCAACGUCAUUGAUAACGAGGAGGACUGUCCCUGCGCCCACACGCAUCACCGGCCUCAGCAAUAUCGGCCUCAACAGAAGAAAAAGACAGCUACUGUUUCCUCGCCUCCCGCCUUUGCGGUCCCGUUUGACCGGGAUGAUCAGGCCGAGGCUCCCUCCGAGGCAACCUAUUAUACUGCCGAUGGUGACGUCAGCCGUCUCCGACCGGAUCCGGACGUACCCGUACUACCUGCAGGAGAUCCCGCUGGCCGUCGGAGAAACCAUCAUGGAGUCGGUGAGGGAGGCCGCGCCUCACUUCACCGAGGCCUUCAAGGAGAUAUCACCGGGGAUCAUGGAGAUAGUCAACAUCAUACCGGACGCCAAGGACAUCACGCCCAUACAGCGCAUGAUGAAGAAGAUACCGAUCAUACUGCACGAGACGGUGCAAGUCGCGAUGGAUCCGAUAGAGGACUUGGGAGACACGGAGACGAGGCUAGAACACAGGAGAAGAGGAUCUCAGCCCGCGGCAACCAGAAGAGCGGCAAGCGGAAGAACGCAGACGGAAAACCUCGAGUCAAAACAACCACAGACACCCACAAUAGAGCAGGAGUCGACGAGAUCGAGGCCAUCACAGAUGCUGCUCUCACCUCUAGAGAAACUAGAGGAGACCUCAAUGAACCUGAAAUCGAGGAUCAACACCAGGAUUCAGGAGACGCGGCAGAAUAUACAGAACCUGUUCGAAGUAGACAACUCAAUAGACAGUUACGAGGACGACCCGUAUCCAAAUAUCAAGUCGGCAAUAUUGCAGAGCCCAUACAGUCCACGGAAGAUAAUGGAGAAAGCCUCGUCAGUGUCACACAACAUCUCACCAGUAAUCAACGAGUCUCUAAAGGAAGUGGCUCACAUACCGCAAAAGAUCAAGACGUUCGUGCAACAGAUGAAGCAGUAAUUUCAAUCAAUAAUUAUCCUAAAGUUUCUAAACAGGACCCAAACAAGAAAGUGGUAAUGAUUAUCGAUGGGUACAGUCAUACACGAGGCAAGUUUCUUGAUGAUGAGGUUGCUGAAAAGGCGAUUUAUAUAGACUAGAGUUCCAUUGUGUAAUGGACAUUGGACAGUGUGCUAAUAUUUCUAAUAGGCUUGUCUAUAAAUUUGAUUAUUGUAAGGAAAAUGUCAUGUGAAUAGAGAUAUUAUUUUAAUGUAAGUAUGUUACUGUAAAUAUAAAACACAUAUUGACACUAAUAAAUUAUUUCAAUUUA